GGAGGUUUCAGAGACCAACCUGACCGGACACCUCCCUCCCACACUGGGACGACUCUCCAAACUCAAUGAGCUGUCGCUGAAUGGAACUGCAGUUACAUGCCCACCUGACAGCACCCCAUGUGUGGUUCAGCAGUCUUCUCAAAGCGCUUUUUGCAGCGCGUGCCCCUCGUUCUGUUCCACUUGUGUCAAGUCAGCACCAGCAACCCCUCACUCGCCCGAAGCCUCUCCCUCCCAGUCUGGAAGCGGUCUCUCUGUGGGAGCCAUUGCCGGCAUUGCUGUGGCUGCUGUGAUGCUGCUGAUCAUUGGACCCCAUCCAGACAUCGCUCACCCGUCUCCCCAAGGGCUUGCAGACCAAGGUCGUGGGCAUGUUAAAAACAUCCUCUGCUACAUGGGGCUCAUCGGUGCGCCCAUUGCAGAUGAACGCGAGCUCUCAAGCAGUGUCUGCGCCAUCUCGCGUUCGUCUGCGAUAUGA